GCAAAACCUUUUUUUAUACAGGUAUUCACUCAAACUGCAGAAAGGCGGGCGAAUUUCCGAUAAUUUUAAUUCCCCUCCACGCCCAAACUCCAACGCAUUUCGAACCGGCGAUUCAAAAUUUCGUCUAGCUAAAACUCCCGCUCUUUACUUAUCAACUCAAUAUAUAAAGAGUCCGUGUAGCGAGAGUGCGAGACCGAGAUUGAAGGGUAGCUAUUUGGCAACAUCAAUGGCAGUUUCAGGCGAUUCUGUAGCAGAGCCGAAACAGAGCAAGCAAGUGAAUCCAAGGCGGCGCAACAAUUGCUCUUCAGUUCGUGUUGUUGGUAACCGGAUCUAUGAUUCCCAGAAUGGCAAGACCUGUCAUCAGUGUCGACAAAAAACCAUGGACUUUAUGUUAGGAUGCAAGAAUCCAAAGGAUUUUAAGCCAUGUACCAUUCGAUUUUGCCACAAAUGCCUUUCGAAUAGGUAUGGGGAGAAGGCAGAAGAAGUUGUAACUAAGGAGGACUGGCUCUGUCCAAAAUGCAGAGGCAUCUGCAACUGUAGUAUGUGCAUGAAAAGGAGAGGUUAUCAGCCCACUGGCAAUCUUGCACACACAACCAAAGCAACUGGAUGUGCUGUUUCAGAAAUGAUAAAUCUUAAAGCAUCAGAAAACACUGAUCAUGUAACAACUUUCAACAGCAGAGAGGCUCUACCUAAAACGACCAGUGCGUCAAACAAGGGGGCAGUGGUUCUAACCUCAACCAAGUGCGGGAAGGAAAACAUAUUUAGUGGCAGUAUACGGUCAAAUGAUCAACCUUAUACCUCAUCAUGUAAUCCUACUGAACAGCAAUCUAGAAAAGUGAAAAGAGAAGAGUGUAUGGAGAUAGAGUGCAAUGGUGGGAAUGAUAAUGUUUUAUCAAAGGCUAAUGAUAAUUCUACUAAUAAAAGCAAUUUUAAGAAAGCGAAGCAAGAGGGCUUAUCAAACACAACGAAUCUCUGUAUUCCCCUACCUCAGGCGACUGGGCUGACAACUGUUGCUGGCAAUGAUUUACCUCCAGAUGAUGUCGGAGGUGCCUUGCAAUUUUUAGAGUUUUGUGCUGCAUUUGGAAAGAUUCUUGAUUUAAGGAAAGGGCAGGCAGAAGCUGUACUUAGAGACUUGGUUGGAGGACGAAUCUCACGACGUGGAAAAACUAAUGUGACCGCUCAGUUUCUUACCCACUUGCUAUCCUUCAUAGAAGAGGAGCAGGAAGUGUCUUCAAAUUUAGCUUGUACUGGUGGAAAAGGGAUGUGGUUCAAUUCUCUCAAAGAGCUCAUUUCUGAAUCCCCAAGUGUUUCAAAACAUAUGGGGUUGGAUUCUUUAACUGAUGGAUUUGAUGACUUAAGCCCCUCAAAAAAGCUAAAGCUAUUGAACUUUGUGUGUGAUGAAGUACUUGAUACUGUAAGGAUAAGGGAUUGGAUAGAUGAUCAGAAUUUGAAAUGUGCUGAGAAGACUAAGGAGGCAAAAGAAAAAGUUUCCGCUGCUAGAGAGGAGGAAAAGCGAUUGAAGCAGAAGAUACAAGAUGAUGUUGCUGCAGCAAUCAUUGCAAAGAAUGGUGCUCCUAUUUCAGUAUCAGAGCAUGAUGCUAUUGUCAUUCGAGCUAAGCGUGAAGCAGCUGAAGCUCAUGCUGCUUUGUUACAGACAAAGGGUGAUCUUUUAAAAUGUAGCCAAAGAUCAGAUGCAGUUCGAACGGAGCCCAUCUUUCUGGACACCAACGGCCAGAUGUUUUGGAGACUGAAAUGCUAUUCUAACAAAUCCAAAAUACUACUUCAAGAGCUAGGAACCGAUGAUAUCACCUCUGAUGAAAAAUGGUUUGCUUUUGAUGAAGCUCAUCAAGAAACAGUUGAUACGUGUAUCAAUUCUAGGUACCCUAAAAGCAAUUUCUGUAUCUAAGUUUGAGAUUAAAAAAACGUUUUUCAAUUAUUUUUUUAAUUUCAGGCGAAAAAGGUUAAUGGCUCCAGUGGGUUUAGUCCAUUUGGAAUAAUCAAGGUGAAUGAGUGAGGGAAAUUUUAUGGAACCCUAUAUGACUCCACUAUGGAGUUAUCACAUGUGUCAUCAUCACAACCAUUCAUUUAUGAAGUAGAGCCCUCCAUUAAAAUUUCACUAUAAAAAUGAAUGGUUGUUUUGAGAUCACAUGAGCUAUGACUCAAUAGUGGAGUCAUAUAGGACUCCAUAAAAAAUGUGAUGAGGGACUGAGGUCACUGUUGUAAUAAUUCUCAGGAGUCGGUAGACAUGUAGAACUUCAAGUACCAUAACUUUAUUUUUUUGCAACCACAAUAUAUGGUUAUUUUGUGGCAGUGUUUUGGUUUCUCCUGCCUGUAUCAAGGAAGACCCUGAAUGAUAAAUGCUGUAACUUUACAGUUAUUAAACACCAUGGUCCAUGGACCGUGGCAUUUUUGACUUGAUGUUCUUCAUGCGUUGCAAGCUUGCAAAUUGCAAUACGCGCAUAUGCACAUGAUGGCUUAAUUUUUACUCAAUAUUGUAAUAUUACAUUUAAAAGUUAAAACCAUUCAAUACGGUUAGGUAAUUUAAAAGCGAUUUCUUUUAUUGCUUCAAUUCAAUAAAAUUUUAUUAAGGCGCAAGCUAAUGCCAAAAGUCUUUCCUAACCAUAGCAUUCCUAGGGUUGGGCAUUUCGAUUUUGACCAAUUAAAAUUGAACAAUAUGCCAUUUUGGUUUAAAAAGUAAAAAGUAUAAAACCGAAAUGCUUACCCCUAAUUUAACAAAAAAGGAAAACUUCAAUUUAUCUUUAAAAAGAAUAAAAUUGAAAUGCCUAUUGCUAAUAAUUACCCUUUCUUGUAAAGAGGAGAUUCACUCUUAGAUGUUUUUACUUGGAUUGUAAUUUGUUGAUUUGAUCUAAAUUGUUCUUAUUUGGUCAAUGUCUGGUUUGUGAGUAUUUUAUAUUUUAUAACGCAAAUUUGGUCAAGUCUGUUUAAGUCUGGUUUAUAUGAGAUUGAAAACAUUUCAAGUAAAAACAUCUUUAUCCCUCUUUCAAUAGUCAUUGCUAUCUUCCUCCUGGAGCUCUUUGCUCGGUCAUUAAUGGCUGCUAGACUUGUAAAAGUAGCUCAAGUGGUAACUUCAUAAAUUAAGGACUUCCUUUGAAGUCUUCAAUUUGAAGAUGGCUUAGUAAAAAAGUUCAUGAUUUUCCUUUAUUGAUUUCCUUGUAAACACACAUGUUGACUUUGCAUUCUUGAUUUUUGACCAAGAAUAUUGAGCUGAAUUUUCAUAAACAAUAGGAAUAGAAUUAAUGACCCCUAUAUUACUAAUAGGCUUUUGAAUUCCUAAAAUAUAACCUUUUUUUCAAUUUCCCCCAAAGUGACUCAACCUUUAGUGUACCCUUAGUUGCCAAACAUUUCGUUCCUUCAUUUCGCAAGACAAAUUCGUUGCUUCCCUCUUAUCAGCUAAUUGCUCCGCCGGACAAUAGCCAAAACCGACACACAUCCUCCAAAGCCUGAUGUAGCCCCCAUCACAGCUAGCGCAAUCCAUGAUUUCACCCCGGUAAGUCGUCGUCCUCAUCACAUUUUUUAUUCUGGCGAACACACCGGAGUUCCUUCUCGCUAUGGCGAGCGAUGGCAAAUUCUACUGAAUUCUAUAAGCGACAUCGAGCGAUGGACAAGGCUAGUCGUGACCGGAUCUGAGGUUGGUUGCGAAGUACUGGCAUGGGCC